ACAAAAAUGGUGUUCCACUUCAAUCCAAAUCCCCAAUUCUUCACAAAUUAGGGUUAGGGUUUUUUCUCAUUCAAACAUCACCCAAAUAUGGCUUCUGAACAAAUAGGCGUUGUUUCAAAUCCACAACUCGUUUUCCAUAACAACACCACCACCUUCACCUGCGGCCCAUCACCAUCACCACAACCACAACCACAACCACAUCCGGGUCGGGUCGGGUCUGUUACCGGUGACCCGGGCCCAAAAACGACCCGAGAACUUACUGGGUUUAUAGAUAAGUAUGAUAAUCACAGCCAUAAUCAUAACCAUUACUUCAUUAAUCAGCAACCACAACAAGGUACUGAUUUUCGAAGACAAAUUUUUCGUGAUUGGGAUAAUACGAAGGCACGUGGCGAUGGAUCGGAUAAUGAUGAUGAUGAUGAUGAUGAUGUGGAUGAUGAUGAUGAUGACGAUGAGGAUGAAGUUGAGGGGAUUGUUACAGUUGAAAAUACUAAUAAUAAUAAUAACAGCAGUGAUAAAACUAAUAGUAAUAGUACUAGUACUAGUGAGAAAACAAAAAGCCUUUCUACAUUUGGUGUGAAGGAAGGGAAUGUCGGGCAAUCAGGAAAUGAAGGCAGCAUUGAUGUGAGAAAUGCGGUGACAAUUGCUAGUGUUGGUGGGGACAUGUAUUAUAAUCAGUAUUUGCAGGGACCGGAAGGGUCAAAUGCAGGGCAAAAAGAAAUGGGGUUUGAGAAUGGGUGUGGGUUUAGUGGGAGAAAGGAAGGUUCUUUUUCAACUGAAUCAGGAGAGUCCUUGAGAGUAAUUCUCUCCGAUCCAAUUACGGGAGCGCUUAUGGAUGAUGCGAUGAUAUUGCCUUGUGGGCAUUCCUUUGGUAGUGGUGGAGUGCAGCAUGUAAUUAGAAUGAAAGCUUGCUGUAUCUGUUCCCAGGCAGUGUCUGAAGAAUCAGUGGCGCCAAAUUUAUCUCUUCGAGAUACAGUUCAAGCAUUCCGCCGAGAAGAGGAGUCACAGCUUAAUCGUUCUUUAAAAAGGAGAAGGGAGAGAUAUGACCAGGAUAGAGGUCCCUUUGGUGAUCCAGCACUUUCGGAUCAUCUAAGAGGAAGAGGUGUUCAGUUUCCAUUCGCUGUGACAGACAGGGUCAUUAUAAAGGGUAAUAAAAGGACACCUCAGCGUUUUGUGGGUCGUGAGGCUGUUGUUACCACUCAGUGCUUGAAUGGAUGGUACGUUGUAAAGACAUUAGAUAAUGCUGAGAGUGUAAAGUUGCAAUAUCGCUCCCUAGCCAAGGUUUCAGAUAAUUUAUCAAUCCAGCCUAUAUCAAGUAAGACGGUAGCCAAUUGGUUGUAGAAUUCCAUUCAGCAGAAUGAGAUCAUGACUCUCUCGUCCUAACUUACUGCACAUAUGCCACGUUUGAUACAUAUAAUCCAACUAGAACAAGCAUUGAGUUUUUUUUUUUUUUCAGCUGUAAUCCAGAUCUUGUAUCUGUUCACGUGAUUCUCAGGCUUAGGUGUUGUAUAUUGUAGAGGUUUUCUUGUAGCACUACAGUGUUGAGAUGAAAUUAGAUAUAUGAACUACAGAGCCGCACUUAUUUAAAAUAAAUGAAUUAUAGAGAGUCAUUUCCGCAGAUUCAG